UGCUCUUGGCGAGGUCGCUGCUUCCGCUGACAGGAUUUCAAAAUCGUGAUCUGCGAUAUACUGUUUUUUCCUCAUUAAAAUAUACAGCGACCGUAUGAGGAAUUAUAUUGCAAUGGGUCUUCCGUUUUGAAGGUUUUUUUUUAAUGUAAAAUGAAAUUUUAGUGCGAAUGAAGCCUAUAGGAGGAUGUUGCUUCAGGCACGUUACAGACGAAUUUUCUUCUGCCAACAGAUUUAACGCGUGUAUCGUGUUCUUUUGAUGUACAACUCGGGUUAGUGUAAUGAUCUCGAUGUACGGAUCAAGUGGUAAAAUAGCUGUGUCGCUGAUAUUCACGUUUGUCAGCGUGUUUGUAUUGUGUGAAUAUGUGAUUUAUUAUCCUGUUAUUCUGCGAUGCUCAUGGCCUCGUAUUGAGACUGUAGAUUCACAUGUACCUUUACGGGCGUUAUUUCUCUCCGAUACUCACUUACUUGGGGCCAUCAAAGGACACUGGCUCGACAAAUUCAGAAGAGAAUGGCAGAUGGAAAGGGCAUUCCAGACAUCUCUGUGGCUUCUAAAUCCAGAAAUUGUCUUCAUUUUAGGAGAUGUAUUUGAUGAGGGCAAGUGGAGCUCCAGUGAGGACUGGGAAGAUGACGUCAGACGUUUUAAACGGAUCUUCCAUCAUCCUAGUCACACAGAGCUUGUGGUUCUUAUCGGAAAUCACGACAUCGGCUUCCAUAACGAAAUGACUAAGCAGAAGUUGGAGCGAUUUGAGCGAGUGUUUAACGUGACGUCAGCACGGAUCCUAACCAUUAAAGGAGUCAAUUUUUUGCUGGUGAAUAGUGUUGCAUUACAUGGCGAUCACUGCCCCAUCUGCCAACGUGUGGAGGAGGAGUUACACAAACUCUCACAUGCUCUUAACUGCUCCAUUCAGGGUGCACAGCAUUAUGGCCAGUGCAAGAACACAAAGAGUUUUGCCCCAACAGCACCUGUUCUGCUACAGCAUUACCCUCUGUAUAGAGUGAGUGAUGCUAUGUGUACAGGUGUAGAUGCAGCCCCACUGGAUGAUCGGUACCAGCUAUUUCAGGAGCGUUAUGAUGUUUUAUCUAAGAAUGCCUCCAAAAAGCUCUUGUGGUGGUUCAAGCCCCGCCUAAUCCUGAGUGGCCACACUCACCAUGGCUGUGAGGUACUGCAUGAAAACCUCUAUCCUGAAAUCAGUGUCCCGUCCUUCAGCUGGAGAAACCGCAACAACCCCAGCUUCAUCCUGGGCACAUUCUCUAGGUCUGACUUCCGGUUGUCAAAGUGUUUUUUGCCAGAGGAGAGGAGCGUGUUAGCACUUUACUGCAGCAGCUGUCUGAUCAUUGCACUGAUAACACUCAGCCAUAUGAAGAUGUUCAGAAGAUCACUGCAUAUGCUAAAUAGCCUUCUAAGAAAGCACAAGGCUUUGUAACAUGCACGAAAGGCAUGUGAGAGUUAUGUUUGUAUAACAAUGUAACAAUGUUACCAAUGAUAACAAUGUAUCAUUGUUAAUGAUAACAAAAGUUUAACAGGAAGCCCUGAGUUCAAAUGCACAGAAACAAGAAAAUGUUGAAAAUGAUUUUACUGGUUUGGAUGUUCUCAGUGUCUUUGUUUUCUGGUUUAAAAUGCUGAAUAAAUUAUUUUGAUGUACAACAGAUUGGUCCAAACAGAAGUCAUAAUUUCAAAACAUAGUCUUAACAUAGUCAGUGAAACAGAAGUAUGUGUGGACAAAACUGUGAAUAAUUUUAAUUUGCUUUUACAUAAAAUGACCAUCUCCCAAAAGUCAACUCUUUUGUCUUUCAUACUUAACCUGCAAAAGGUUUAUAUAUUUGCAGCACAUUUUUGUUUGAAAAAACAGCAAUUGGUGGGCAAAGAAGAGUGACAGAGAGAGUGAGCACCAGAACCCUCAGAGUACCAUACAUACAGUAUGAGCAAUUUAAUAAUUUCAUUAUAUUUGCAGCCCUGGAAUUUCAGCUUUUUUUUUUAAACUUACAAUAUUAUUAUUAUAUGCACAGACAUGCAACCAAAUUGUUACUCAAUUUUUGGUUAUUAACCAAGGCGUAAUAAAGUGAAAAAGACAUACAGAUUUCUGUAAAAACUAAUUUAAACUCAAACCACCAUUAUAUACCAAACUUUAUUUUUUUAGUUUAGGAAGUGAGAUUAACUGUUUGGUCAAGAUUUAUGUUGGUAUUGCAGACUGGAAGAAGAGUUUUGAAAAAGUGGUUCAGUAUUCGCCAACGAAAAAAAAAAGACAUUUGGAAAUAAGAAAUUUUAGCAGCAACCCACUUUUCAAGUUGUGAUUAUAAAACAACUAAGGCAAACAUUUUUUUAGAGGUAUUUUAUUUGCAAAAUUACAUUUCUUCCCACAUUGCCAUUCUAAACAUAGACCAAGGUCUUCUAAUGUGCCUCAUUAUUAAAAUAAAUGUUACUAAAUGAAAAAGAAACAAUAAAUUAUUUUUCUUCAUCGUCACUUGUAUUUUUAGUUUCUGAAGUAAGUUUGACCAUGAACCAUAAAAGCUGCAGAGGAUAGUAAGGAGAAUAAAGCCUUUCUACCAGUGUUACAGCCACUCACAGCCUAAGUCACAUCACACACUGUCCCUGCACUUCACCAGUUGAGAAAUAGAGUCAGGGAUCCAAAACAGUUAACAGUUUAUGUGGCAUUGUGCAUGGACUUAAGUGUGUAUGUAUUAAAUUUAAGUCAGCCACUCAUGUAUUAAAGGAUUAUUUCUCCUGAAAAUUAGAUUUACUCAAACUCAAGCUGUUAGAAUCUGCAUGCGGUUUAUCUUUUGAACACACAAAUGAUUUUUCAUGAAGUUAUUUCUGUACAAAUGCUUAAUAAACAAACAAAAAAAAUUGCAUUGCACUAUUCCUUUGACUUAUAACUGCCCCACUGGUGAGUGAGAGAGACAUAUGGACACACUUGAGCUGUGAGACACACUAUUAGUGCUCACAUUCACAAUGCCAGCGCAGUCAGUCAGGACGGUCAGACUAGGGAUUUUAUAUAUAUAUAUAUAUCACUAGUCUUACUUCCUCAUUCCUUCAAUAUUAUGCAUUUGUAUAUGCAUAGCUAUGCAUACAACCUUGCUAAACAUUCAUAAAUAUGUAUACAUUUAGGCACACAUAUUAUGAAUAAUUGUACAUACAUAUUUAUAGAAUAUGUAUUUUCAUGUUUUUAUAAAUGUAUAUGUACACAUAGAAUGCACAUGUACAGUACAAAGCGGCAUAUCUGCAAAUGUAUGCACACAAGCAUUCGAUCUCACAUAUCUACACACUUUCACCAGCACGACCCCGCGUACAGUCUGCAUAUAUGCCACUUCUAAAAAUGCACCCUACCUGAAACAACAGAACGUCAAAAUUUUGGAUAUAUUUCCAAAGUUUUUUGAAGCUGAGUCCGUCCGACAAAAACAGAAAUUCAAAGAACUGUAAGACAUACUGUAUUUGCAGUUUCUAAACAAAGUGGUUAAUUUUGCAUAUUGUAUACCAAGAUUUUUUGCCUAAUUUUUCUUCAUUUUAUAGUAAAAGACAUUUUAAAUAGCUUUAUAAACCAGAAGAAAAAAAAAUCAGUCUACAGAGCGAUUUGCCAUCAGCACGCUGUGCUGCAUGUAAGAUUUGACAUCAAGCUGUACACCGCAGUCCAAUCACACAUAAUUUAUCUUCAUUUUGAGGUACAGCCAUAUUCAAAGGCACAAAGAGCUUCUACAAGUCAAAGUUUUGUCUUUCUUGUUGAAGUUAUACAAAAUAAAAUUUUGCAGUCCUGUACAAGAUCGAGCAACCUUGCACAUUCUUUAGAAUAACAAAACAAAACCCUUAAAAAUAUAUUGUGUUCUUCUUUAUAUCAAUAUUUAGAACUACCUCCCAAAUAAGGCCUGCCCAUACUAAAGGAGGCAUCGGUUGGCGGUGACGGUUCUCCAAAGAUGGAUUGCCGAUGGCGCCCACUGAGGAAAAAAAUGCAGAGUAUGACAAAUCCCACAAGCCCCUGCUCCUGCUCUGUGCUCUGUAGUUGGUUACAAACUCCUAUCUAGCCCUGAAGUCCUUUCUGCAUGCUUUGCAGAAAAAAAGCAAAAAGGCAAUUAAAAACUAAACUAAAACAGUGAAAAAAAA